AUGGUCCGGCUUCGGUCUUCUUGUGGCAUUGCCGCGGCGUCGCUCGCCCUCUCGUCGGUGGGCGCGUACGCCGGCCGGGCUCAGCAGAUGCCCACCAUGGCCGUCCGGGGCAGGAAUCCGCUCACCGACGAGUUUGGCGCCUUUGUCCGGCAGAAGCUCGAGAAGUGGAAGGUCCCGGGCAUGUCUCUGGCCGUCAUCGACGGGCAUGACGUAUACGCCCAAGGCUACGGAUACGCGACUCUGCCUGACCACAAGGCCACGGCCGAGACCAUCUGGUACGGCGCGUCGACGACCAAGGCGCAAACUGCGGCCGUCCUCGCACACCUCAUCGACUCCAACGAGUAUCCCGAGCUGGCCGACGGCUGGGCAUCUAAGAUCUCGUCCAUGAUCCGCGACGACUUUGUCCUCGACGACGCGUGGGCGACAAACCACGUCACGCUGGAAGACGCCGCCAGCCACCGGACGGGGAUGCCGCGGCACGACAAGGCGUCGGCGAGCGUCGUCAACGGCACCCAGGUCACGCCCAAGGAUGUGGUGCGGAACCUGAGGAACCUGCGCCUGAACCUGGAGCUGCGAGUUGCGUUUCAGUACUGCAACCUCAUGUACGUCGUGCUCGGCCAUGUCAUCGAGACCAUCACAGGCAAGGGGCUCGGACGAGUGAUGCGGCAAGUCAUCUGGGAGCCGCUGGGCAUGGACUCGACCUAUCUCGGCCUCGACGACGUGCCCAAGGACCGCCUGGCAACGGGAUAUUACUGGGACGAGCAGGCCCGGGUUUACCACGACAUUCCCCCCAUGGCCUUGACCGAAGUGGCCGGCGCCGGCUCCGUUGUGUCGACCGUCGUCGACUAUGCUCAGUGGCUCCAUUGUCUGAUCCACGAGACGGCCCCCUUUUCCGAGCGCGUACACGCCGAGUUCAAGAAGCCCAGGAUACUGGCCGGCGAGACAGCAAGUGCUGGCCUGGACAUUUCUCUGUACGGACUUGGCUGGGAGCGCAAUCUCUACAAGGGCCAUGUCAUCUACACUCAUAACGGAGGGUUAGACAGCUUUGGCGCCCAAGUCUACUGGCUUCCAGACGCUCGUUUUGGCGUCGUCGCCUUUGCCAACACGGCAUUGACAUCAAAUGCUGUCGAGGACGUUGUCAUCUACCGCCUGAUAGAGGACAAGCUGGGCAUCCCCAAACGCGAGAGAUUCGACUUUGACAAGAAGUGGCAAGAAGCCAUUGACAAGAUAAAGAGGCCCGACACGAACGUCGACAAGAUCCUCUUUCCGAAGCACCCAACCCCCCCGCUGCCCUCUACGUUCAGGAUCAAAGACCUGGUGGGCAGUUACUGGGACCCGGGUUAUGGCGAGUUCACGCUGCGUCAAGAGCCUCAUCCAGACAGACGAGGAGACAAGAUCCUCGUGGCAGACCGGGAUGACAUGACGUGGAGAUACCAGCUCCGACUGCAUCACGCCUCUGGAGAUUUCUGGGUCGUGUAUGCGGUGGUGCCACGCAACCCCACAUUUCUCCAUGAGUUCCAUCCCGGCGAGUUUACGAGGGGUGUUGAUGGCAAGGUGUCUGGUCUCGAGAUCCAAUGGUUGAACCGCCGGGAAGACAUCAACGAAGGCAAAGUUGUUUUUAAGAAGCUUCCGUAG